CAUUGUGUGUGUCUUAUAGUGUGUGUUUGUGUGUGUUUUUGUUUUUUUUUUUUGACGCUCCCUUUUAUACACUUACCUCCCUUUCCUCCCCCAACCAACCAACCAACCUACCAACCAACCAAAAAAAAAAAAAAGUUGUCAAAUUUUCAUAUUUUUAUUUUUUUUAAUACUAUACCCUUCCCUUGUUGUUUAAUUUCUUCUACUUAAGUGUACAAUGUCACAACCACCCGUCAUCAACUAUGGACAAGACGAGAUUCCCCAUUUACGUUCACAAAACGAUCAACUAUGGAAGAUUAUUGAAAAGCAAAGAGUCAUGAUUCAAAACCUUCAAAAAGACAAUGUUCGACUCUCAGCAGAAAGAGAUGGUUUACAAGACCACAUUAGUUCUCUAGAAAAGGAAGUGACUCGAAAGCAACGUGUCACUUCUUUACUCAUCUCACCUCAAGCACUACAAGAGAUUGUAGAAGCAGAUGAUGCUUCUACUCCUACUCCCAAUAGCAGUGACACGGAAGCCUUCAACUUCACUACGCUUCCCACCACCAGCCCCAUGCCUCCUCCUCGUUCACCUUAUCGACCUCUCAAGGAAAAAGCAGACGAUUAUAUCAGGUCAGAGGGUCAAGUUGUGUUUGAACCCGAAUCUUUGAUGCGCGUGGAGGACAUGAACGGUCGUUCCUCACCUGGCUCUCCUGCACCUGGUCCUCAUACCACAAGACGUAAAGAUAGUGCUCCUUUACCUUCUCCCAGCACAAGAAAUCCUUCGCCUUUCAUUGUACCUUCGCCUUCUAAAUCCUCUUCCUCACUCGAGGUAAGAAAGACAUCACGUCAACGAGACUCAAUGAUGCCUCCUGCAAGAGCUGCUCUCGAGCAUGAUCCCACCAUGCGUGUCGCUUCUCCUCCCAUCCCACCACCUCGAACAAGCAACAAAAAAAAGCGUGAAAGUACACUCUAUUCCAAGUAUCAGUAUGAUGAUGAAAUCGAGGAGGAUCUCGAGGAUCCCUUAUCCAAAAAGCAACGCAUCUUACUCCACAACCUCUCUCAUGUCUCUAUUAAAGUGGUCGGCUCCAAUAUUAAACCCAAUGAUAAAGGCAAAGAAGUCAUUUCUUUCAUCUUGUCCGUCGGUUCCUAUGAUGAGGAUGAAUCUACCAGUCGACACUUUGAGGAACAAUGGCGAGUAGAGAAGUUAUAUUCAGACUUUUUAAGUUUAGAUUCCAAGCUGAAAACACAACGUAAUCGUGCGGUUUCAAGUAGGUUGGGUAAAUUACCCGACAAGGCCUUGUUCUCAAAUAAUGCACCUACCAAGGUGGAUCAACGUAAAGUGGCCCUGGAACAAUACUUACAACAUAUGCUUUCAUUACCCAUGGAAGAUACCACAGAUAUCUGUACUUUCCUCUGUACAAACAUCAUUGAUUCCAAUAUCUAUCAAACUGUCGGCCAAAAGCGUGAAGGUUAUCUCACCAAACGAGGCAAGAACUUUGGAGGUUGGAAAACUCGUUACUUUGUCUUGAACGAAAAUAUUCUUGAAUACUAUGAAUCCAAGGAAGGAACUCAGCUUGGCUCCAUUCGUUUAACCAAUGCUCAAAUCGGUCGACAAAUGCCUGGUUCUUCUCCUGCAUCGGAAGAAUACAAUAGUGUAUAUCGACACGCCUUCUUAAUUGUGGAACAAAAACGUGUUGGUUCUACGCAUCAUGUCCGUCAUAUUCUAUGUGCUAAUUCCGAUGAUGAUCGUGAUGAUUGGGUUCAUGCUUUACUCGAGAACAUUCAUAUUGAAGAAGACGCUAUCCCACUCACCAAAUCGUCUUCUUCUACCACCACCACGUCCUCCUCUAAAAAGAAGAACAAGGAAGAAAAACCCCGAAAGUUAAGUAAAGGAGAGAUUCGUGCUAUUUCCGCUACACCCAUUAGUAAACUCGACAUGAGCAGUACAACUGCUGCCGAUAUGGAUAAAUUGACGUCUACCCCAUGCUCCUCCACAGUGAUGGUGGAAGAUCCUUCCACCAUUGGUAUGGCCAUUUCACAUCCUAAAUACAGUCAACCCACACCUUCCAUUUCAAGCGAUAGCACAGACUCUUCUUGUACUGUACCCGCUUCUAAUUCCGUGUCACCCAACGCAACUUGGUCCUACCAUGAUCGUACCAGUUUGGAUCAAUCCGGUAACACAUCCCAUGCACGUUUACAAGCACCUCGACCCACCAUCGUACGUCGUAGUUCAAUGGGUAACCUGGUCUCUGCCACCACUGAGCAACAAUUGGCGAAUGAAGACUUUUUAAACCCACAUGCUUACAAUCGUGCUUUAUCACCCACAAUUACCUACCCACAGGUAGAGGAACCUCCUGUGUCUGAAAGUGAACCUGAGAAAAAGGCUAGAAACAAGGCACAUCGUAUGACCUUUUGGGGAAAGAAGAUGUUAUUUAGUAAUACAGAGGGACAGGUACAACAACAGAAUGGACCUCCUAAACCAUCGCAGUCAGCCUCGGCUACUACUCAUGAUCAAGCUUCUGGAAGUCAUACGAAUCUCAGCACGAACAAUGGAGGAGGAGGUGGAGGAGGAGGCGGUGGAGGAGGAGGAGGUGGUAGUGGUAAUGGAGGAGGAGGAUUACGUGGAUUUUUAUCUCGUACAUCGCAUGAACAAAGUGAACGAUCCAAGAAAUACGAAGAUGUACCUUUGCCUAAACCUGCCAAACAAGUAUUUGGUGUGUCAUUAGAAGAAGCGGUGCGUAUCUCUCGCGUGUCAGAAGGAUACGAGUUACCAGCGGUGGUGUACCGUUGUAUUGAAUAUCUAGAUGCGAUGGAUGCAGUGUUAGAGGAAGGACUGUAUCGUCUCAGUGGUAGUAAUUCGACAAUGAAGGCCUUGAGAGAAAAGUUCAAUCAAGAGGGAGAUGUGAAUAUAUUAGCGGCCAAGGAUGAUUAUGAUGUGCAUGUGGUGGCUGGACUACUCAAGAUGUGGUUGCGUGAAUUACCUACCAGUGUACUGACAAGAGAGCAUCGGAUGGAUUUCCUGCAUGUGAUUGAUCUGCUGGAUCGCAAAGAUCGAGUGAAUGAGUUGGGUAGACUGGUGUCUGUGUUACCACUUUCGAAUUAUACCUUGUUGAGAGCCUUGACAGCCCAUUUGAUUCGUGUGGUGCAACAUUCGGAUAUCAACAAGAUGACGAUGCGUAAUGUGAGCAUUGUGUUCUCUCCUACACUGGGUAUCCCUGCUACAAUUUUUAACUUGUUUAUGAGUGAAUUUGAAUAUAUUUUCUGGAUCACAAAAGACGGGGAUGCUGCACCUCGCAUGAUUGAAGAUGAAGUGCCCGUUUUGGAGGAGGAGGAAGUACAGCCGGUCAUGGUGGUAGUGGAAGAAGAAGAAGAAAAAGAAACAGAACAGCAGCAGCAGGUGGAAGGGAAGGAAACACCUGAGCCAUAUGGACUGAGUCGUAAAACAACACUUCGGUUGCGUGAAGAACAUGGCCGUAGUAACCGUAACAGUGUGAAUUACAUGGAUGGAGCACCUAAUGCGAUUGUUGAUUUAGAAAAGAAUAUGGAUGGACCACCUGUUCUUGAUGAAGAUGAGGAUGAAGAUGUGGAUGACUUGACACUUUCUAACCAACAGUUGUAUGCUCCUUCUUCUUCUUCAAAUAUAUUUUAACCCUAUUAUUAUUAUUAUUCUUAUUAUUUUCCUAUUAUUAUUCUUUAUUAUUUAUCUAACCCCCCCCCCCCUCUCUCUCUCUUUUUCUCCUCCAUUUAAUUUAAGCUCUCUACUAUUUGUUCACCCCCUCGUUUUUUUUUCUUCUCUCAUAAUAAUUUUCUCUCUCUCUCUCGCUACUCUCUCUCUUUUUUUUUUUCUUUUUUUUUUUUUUUUUUAUAAUGUAAUUUUUAAUUGAAAUAAAAUGGUCUCAACUAAAAU